AUGCGAGCGAUUAGUAAGCUGCAGAACACACUGCUGCUCCAUCGUCACGUCAAACGACUGAAUUCUUCCAGGAGGAACUCCUGCUCGCCGGCACAGGCGAAAGCAGCUAAAGACGACGGUGCGGUGUCAGCGCCCCCUGUGGGGUCGCCGAGCAAACAGCACGUUGCCAUCAGCGACCACAAGGCAGACGGCGUCGAAGACGACGACGAGGCAAAGGUGAACGCCGUCGGGACCGCUGCUGCGAGCACCAAGACCACGCACCGGGUCUCGCUGUCCGGCACGAACGUCCGGAACCUGUCUCGUAGCCGACCGUCGGCGAGUCGCCUGGGAGUCAAUGGCGGUCGGUGUCCGAGCGCCGAAACGUCUCAGACGUCCGGAGGAGGCAACAACGCUCGCAGGUCGUCAAGCUUCACGCCGCUGGCGAUUCGCGGCUGCGGCGGUGCCGCCUGUGGCGCCGACAAGGUCAGCAUCGUGCUCAACUUGCCGGACGGCAACUCGGUGCUCAGGUCUUUCCCGGCGUCCGCGUACCUGGACGAAGUGCGCUGGUACACAGAGGAACUGCUAGCCAGGGUGAUACCAACCUGCUUCCCGUUCACCAUGGCGCGCACCAACCCACUGCGCGAAUUCUCCCGCGAGGAUUACCGCAAGACGCUCGAGCAGCUGCACCUGGUGCCGUCCGCGGCGCUCCUCGUGUUGCCCAGAUCAGCGGCUAUGGGCGAGAGCGGAGCGCCGCCGCUGGUCCCUAGCGGCGCCAACGGCGACCCCUUCUGGUACUCGAUCUUCCGGCUGGUGUUCGGCAUGUUCGUGGCCACGCCGCUGGCGCUCUUCUGGAACCUAGUCUGCCCCGAGAACGAACCGUCAAUGACGGCUGCUCGUGAAGCCUUCCUCUCGGGCAGCCUGGGCAGUUCGACACUGUCGGCGUUGCCGCGGUCUGGCGUCGCGACCGCAGUGACACCUCUGCGCAGCGCCAGCAGCAGCAGGCUGUGUCGUCGCAGGCAGUCAAGCCACACUGAGAACUUUGACCUCUUCUGAACACACUUCACGAAUCGUAGACGUUGUCGCGAAUGAAGAUUUUUCUUUUAUAUAGUCACGAUCGAAACCAGUAGACUUGCGGUGACGGAAGGACGACCACCCGUUGAAGUCGAUAGACGCGAGGGGGCGCGGCGAAUCGAAAUCCAGCACUGUUUUCCAGAAGGUCGCACCGGUUCCAUCGGUGUUCUGGACAGUUUUUUUUUUUCGAAGUGCAGCGAAACCUUUGGCAGGGCAAGAAGAUUUCCGAUGUGAAACUUGCAGCUAGUGUUGUUCGGGGUUGAGCCGAAAAAUCUUGGGAGGUCGUGGUCGGUUUGCAAGGACGAACCUAAAUUUAGUUUCGUACCAAAGCUCACAGCCAGCUGUGCAUCGACGGGAAAUAAAAUUCGACGACGGAAGGGACGCAUAUACCUUCAUCCAGGGCUAAACAUAUUCUACCGAUAUUUAUUCGAGUUUUUUAUGUGUUAUUUGUUUACGGUACGGUUUCUUGAAGAAAUGGAAGAACACAAAACGUGAAUACGGGGAAUUCGAUUCGCGCUGUGAAUAUUACCACUACAAA